UCACAGCAGGAAGUGGCUGCCGAACCCUGCAGCUUGGAUAACUGUAUAAUUAUAAUUAUACUAAUACUAUUAAUAAUAAUCUUCUGAGGAGAAAUGAGUCUGGUUCCUGUCGUGUCCUGUGUCCUCUGCAAACGCUCCGAGGAGACGACGACCACCGGAGCUUUAUCCAUCAAAGAUGAAGUCGCUGCUCAUCAGAACUGUUUGUUGUUUUCCUCUGGUAUUUAUUGUCGGGAUUCCCCUCAGUUUGACGACCUGUUCGGUUUCUCCGUAGAGGAUGUGCUGAAGGAGGUCACACGAGGAAGGAAACUGCGAUGCAACAAAUGUAAGAAAAGGGGCGCCACUGCCGGGUGUGAGGUCAAAAGCUGCAAGAGGUCCUACCACUACCCCUGUGCAUUUGAGGAGGGGGCGAAGGACAUUGAAGAUCAGGUCAAAGGGAGUUAUGGGUUGUACUGCUUCCAACACCAACAAAAACAGAACACACAAAGCAAUGGUUUGACAAAGGAGUCCAACUCCAACUCAUCAGAACCUGGAACCUCCAACAAUCCCAAUGGAGCUGGAUCAACUAAGGUUCGCUGUCUCACCUGUGAGAAGAAAGAAGGAAACAUCGGCCUGGAUAGUUUGUCUCAGGGCGUCGUCAUGUGCUAUUGUGACAAACACGCUCCUUCGUCAUAUCAGAGGAACGGUGAUGACGAUUCUACAGCAGCCGGACCGUCGGUUUCCAGCAGCGCCUCAAAACUGCCCUGCGCUCCGACACGCUUGCCUGUCAAGAGACGGUUGUGUCGAGACGAGCUGGAGGAGAGCCCUUCGAAACGUCAAGCUAAAGGCCAGACGUUCACAGCCACUGAAACUUCUUCAGACUCAGAUAUUGAUUUGUUUGCCCCUUUAGAGUCGGACAUAGAAGAAAGUGCCAACUCUGUUCCAGAGCAGCAAUUUGUCAGACAGGACGGUCCCUCACAGUCUCCCCCAGGAAAUCAACUGGAGGAUGAGAACAGGGGGACAAAUACAGAUGAAGAUGAAUCAACCAUGAAUUCAAAUGAUUCGGAGAGUCUGCUGUUUCCUUUUCGGAUGUGCAUGUCACCUUCACAGAGUUCGGAUCUCACUCCUCCAGCGAUGGUAGUGAAAUGUACCCAAGUGAUUAAAGAGGAGGAGGAGGAAGAGGAGGAGGAGGAGGAGGGAAAGAAAGAUGAAGGGUCCAGUCCUGAUCGAAACACUGGUGGACCCUCCGUCCCAAAGCAAAGCUCCACUGGUUCCCCUCCCUCUGCUGACAAAUCCAAACCCCUCAGUCCUCCUGGCUCUCCUCCCUGCACCAGCUCGUCCAUUUCCAAGGCUCCACCUGAAACCAUCUGCGUCUCCUCUCCACCGCAUCCUUUGGAUCCUCCCUCGGACCCGGAGCCCAGCAUCGACUCCCAGAGCUUCUGGAAAAGCUGCAACGCUGCAGGAUGCACUCAGGCCGUUUUCACAGAUUUCAUUAAUGAGAUGAAUGAUAUUGCCGGCAGAAUUCAGUCAGACCAGGCCAGUGAGGACGAUUGCAAUCAUGCGCUAAAAGUGAUGGCGGCUUCUGGGAAGCUGGAGGAGAUUGUGGCCAAGCAGCAGAAAGAGUUACAACGGAAACAGCAGGAGCUGAUGAAGGCAGCAGCCGCCAUGCAACAGGUCAUCUCAGCACUGAGCAGAUGAGGCCGUCCGCUUACUUAAACUUUUCCUUCUUAUGCAUUUAAAAUUAUGAACUUUGAUAUUUUUAAAACAAAUUAUUAACUGCAUUAUGUAAAGUUUUAUUGAUUUUCCUUAAAAAGAUUGUAUGUAUAUAUUUCUUUAGAUGAUAACCUAUUUGAGGAGAUGUUACUGUAUAUUCUAUAUAUAUAUACUGACCCACAAUAAUGAUUUGAUCAUGACUGGAUUUUUUUUCUGUAUUGGGUUUUAUGUAGAUCUGUGUAUUUUUGAAUAUCUCACAACCUGUUUCCAAAAGGUAAUUGUAUCUACAUCCCUCAUUUAUACAACUCAAACCAAACUAGCGUCAAUAAUGCGGCAGUUUACAGCCGAGUAUUUAGCUUUGUUUGUGUUCAUUUUCUGUAUCCAGUUUGCAAAGUUGAGUCCAGAUGUCUGGUUUCUUUGCAUGGAGGAUGAAAGAGGGUUCUGUCUUUAGUCUGGAACAAAUUUCUUACUAAAACUGUUACAGCCUUAAACUGAAAAUAUGCUGGUGUGUGAAUGCUUGUGCCAAUUUUGUCGAAAUUCCCUCAACGUGAUCUAAAUGAUGAAUAAAUAAGAUGCUAAAUAUCUCAA